UGACUACGUCAAAAACUAUGAAAACGAUGAAGCAGUCUUUUCAUUUUCUAAACAACUGAACAUUAAAUUAGUCAAUCAGCUUUUGAACAUUUUUUGUGAUACAAUUUCAGAUUUUCUUAAUAUGCCCUUUUUCGUUUCUGUCAUGUAAAGCAACACUGGAUAAAACGUCUUAAGUUGGUGAAUUCAAAUUGUUACAACUAAAGUAGAUGUCCUUGAACGCACCUUGGCUGUGCCACAGUAACUAUAGAAACAAUAGCUUAUAUAAGCAAACGAAAAACAGUUUAUCAUGUAGCUUCCCAUAGUUUAUUCCAAUGUUUACUGUGCAAUAAGCAGUUGCUAAGAGAAGCAGGUGGAUGAGGCUACGGAAAUUAAUUGUUUCCUAAUUGAUGAUAUGCCUUACACAGUAAAGAAGAAUUGGAAGACGGGACCUCACUGUCGAAACAUGUCAAAGGAGGAACGCUUUGCCUUUCUCACUGAGUGGUAUGAUUCCACUGCUGCUCUCCAGCGGCGUUACCAGCUCAUGUACUAUCCCAAAGAUGGCUCCGUAGAAAUGUUUGACGUAAAGAACCAGCGGACAUUUUUGAGAAGGACAGUAUAUGAUGAUAUCCAACAGGAUGACCUGUUCCUCGGAAAUCGUGUGACCGUGUUUUCGCGGCAGCUUCAUCUUAUCGAAUACGCAGACCAGUACACAGCAAACAAAUUGGGAAUCAAAAAAGAGAGAACUCUCGCUAUACUCAAGCCAGAUGUAGUGACCAAGAUCGGAGAUUUUCUUGAACUGAUUUACUCCUCCAACCUCAUAGUGACCAAAGCCAAGAUGUCGUGUCUUACAUGUAACCAGGCAGCAGACUUUUAUGCGGAACAUCAGUCAAAGCCUUUUUUCAAUAACCUUGUGCAGUAUGUGUCCUCGGGGCCUCUGGUUGCCAUGGAGCUGAUGGGUACUGAUGCCGUAUCUGCCUGGAGAAGACUUCUGGGACCCACAGACUCACCCACACGGCGAGAGUCACCACAAAACGUUCGUUCCCAGAUGGGAGCAGAAGGAAUCAAAAAUGUGGGCCAUGGCUCUGAUUCGCUCGCUGCAGCAGCAAGAGAGCUGGAAUUCUUUUUCCCAUCCACAGUUGGACUUGGUCCUGGUAACACAGCACGCUGUACAGACUGCACAUGCUGCAUCAUUAAACCUCAUGCAAUGUCAGAAGGUCUGGCUGGGAAGAUUCUCAACUCCAUAUCGAAGGCUGGAUUUGAAAUCACAGCACUUCAAAUGUUCCACGUGGAGCGAGCAAAUGCAGAAGAAUUCCUUGAAGUUUACAAAGGUGUUGUUACGGAAUAUAGUUGCAUGGUGUCAGAGCUGUGUUCUGGUCCAUGUAUGGUGCUGGAGAUCCAUGGUAACGACGUACCAAAGAGAUUCAGGGAAUUCUGUGGACCUGCCGAUCCAGAAAUAGCUCGGCAUCUCUAUCCGACGACGCUGCGUGCCCUUUAUGGCAAAACCAAAGUGAGGAACGCAGUCCACUGCACAGACCUGCCUGAGGAUGGAGUACUGGAGGUGGGUACUGUUCCUCACUCAGAAAGUAAACGCAUUGUGUUCUCUGACGUGCUGCUUGGUACACCCACGUUACUCCGUGUGUGCAUGUGCCUUCUGCAGCUUCACAACACUUUCCCCCCUGAUUGUCUCUCUGCCUAUGCACGAGUACGUUGCUCAAGUCUGGCCCAAGAACAAAACCCCUCUCAAUUGUGUGAAGCCGGGUCCCAUGACUCAGCUCCGUGGGCUGGGGCAACCUUAGAUCACACUGGUUUUCAAGGGAACAAGAAUGGCAGAGGAAUUUGAAACAAACCCAUUGUU